AUUUAAACUUCCUGUAUGAAGCUGAAGCCAGUGGUUUCCUGUUGUAAGAACCAACAACUUCAACUUCAGUUUUGGAAGAGACACACUAUUAAUUGUACUUACUGAUCCAGACCUAAAAUGUUCCUGUUGUUCUUCACUCUGAUCUUUGUCCUUACAGGCCAGGGUCAGACGCGGCACCACCAGACCCUGCACUGCACGCACCAUUCCAGCCAGCGGAGCCUGCACAGGGUGUGGUGCAAGCAGAGCUCUGAGUUGUGCUGCAGCGGGUUUGCUUUCGCAAACGGACAGCAAACGCUGGAGAACGGGGACCUGCAGGUGCACCAGGAGCAGGACUCCUUCUCUGUCACUGCCUUGCGGCUGGACCAAGGAAACGGGGUCUACUGGUGCGGCCUACUGGACAAUAACAGCACCAUUAUUAGACUGGCUGAGCAGUACUUCUCCCAAACCACCUGUACUGUUUGGAGCAUCAUUCGAUGGGUCCUGAUGCCACUGCUACCCCUGAUGGUCGCCUUCACUCACUUUUACACCAGCCGAAAUGCCCACAAACAGGGGACAUGUCUGUAUGGUGAAUGGAAGGUGGUUACUGAGGUACUGGUGAACAUGCCUGCAUGGUGAAUGGUCAACCUUUGCUGGGAGCAUUGAUACAUUUAAAUGGAGGAAGGCCUGCAUGAUGACAUCUCCACAGCAGUAUCUCAAGGGCGCGGGAGACGUGAUGAAGAGGGUGAUAGAUUAGGCCAAUAAGUUGGAUGAGAGAGAAAAUAAAAAGUAAUUUGAAUUUCUAAAGCAUAUACUUUUUAAACAGCAAUGAAAUACAAAAUAAUAACUGUAUUACAUUUGUAAACACCUAUGCAUUUAACACAUGACUGUUAUUAUUGUUGAAAUGCUUUAUCAAGAAAUGCUCAAAUCAGAAUGGACAACUAAUGUUUAAAUAAAAUCGAAUUAAAUAUGUAUCACGAAAAUGUGAAAUGAUUAUAA